AUGCGAAGUGUUACAAAUUCUCUUAUCUUUGGUCAGAGCCACUCGAGCUUUGCAGCCAGCAUGUUUUUUGGAGCAGUAGCAUUCCAUGCAUAUCAAGGCAUUGUACCGAAUAAUAUGGAUUGUGGAGAAAUAAUUGGUCGCGGAGAUAUGAAACCGAAGGAAAAGAUGAAGGAAGAUGCAAACAAAGAUGAAACUGUUGAACAAGAAGAACGAGACGACCCAAAAAGGAGAGGUCUGAACAUCGAAAGUUAA